AUGGCUAGAUCACUGCGCCGCAACAGCUUCGUCCACGACUUUAUCGAUCGACUUCAAAAGGCCCCGAAACCUCUGGAUACCUCCCGUGCCUACGCCUCUGACGAAUUGCCGAGCUAUAACUAUACCGACAGCUUGGAAUUGGGCCGACUAGUGACUACGAGCCGCGUUAGGAGCUUCCGAGUUGGCACCGGUGCCUCAAUCUACACAUCGACCCUCCUUCCCGCCAUCUUGAAAGCCCAUCAUGAAGCAAUCAUUGUAACUUGCUUCUGGGCACCAUCCAAGACACUGGACGCACUCCGAGAGACACUGGAAGCCCUCGCAGCCCACCGUCGCCGAAUUGUCGACGAGGGUGCCGGCAGCCUACCGACCCUCCGAGUUCGCAUCUGUCUGUCGUCGCGCUCGCUGCUGCAGAAACUCCUUCACACGUCUUCCCGAGAUGGCUACAUAUACCCUCCUUCGACCUGGGAGAAGCAGCUUGGUCUGCUCAGCGAGGAGAAGCUCAGGGCGGCCCGGAUUGAGCUACACGUCAAGAGUCUUUUCUUCCUACCCUUCAGUGUCAUGCAUCCCAAGUUUGUCGUGAUUGACCGCCGACGUGCCUUUAUGCCUAGUUGCAAUGUGUCUUGGGAGCCGUGGCUCGAGGGCUGCGUUGAGUUUGAGGGGGAUGCCGUCGAUGCCCUGAUGGCGUUCUACCAGAGGACCUGGGAGCCGGACAUGGAUGUGACCUUGCCGCUACCACUGAUGCAGGAUGAGGACCUAGACGAGGCCAUCUUCAACCCUGCAGUCGAAGCACCGGUUCUUCCCAUGGUCCGCAGCACUGCAUCCUACGCCGUAUCAUUUGUCGCAGGUCACCAACAGGCCUCGCCGCUGGUGGUUGCCGGCGGUCACGAAGCGACGGCCACGCUGGAAAACACGAUACAGACCACCAUCCUGCCAUCUUCCCACCAUAGAAACCCUCGAUUUCGCUUCUUGCCUUGGCAGGCGCACGCACCAGCUCCCGCGACGCCACUCAACACAGCAGUCAUGCAACUGAUGGAUCAUGCCCAAAGACAGAUCUACGUCCAGACUCCAAACGUCACGGCACCGUGCGUGAUAGACGGCCUUCUUGCAGCUCUCCAGCGCGGUGUCCACGUCAGGAUAGUGACUGGUCGCAACAUGAUGAUGAUGGAGCAGAUCGUGACGGCAGGUACCACAACCUCUAGGUGCAUAAGCUCUUUAAUCAGGCGCUACGAAAUCAUGAGAGAGGCGGCGAUGGCUCCUCCUGGCUCGCGCCAUUCGCUGCUGUCUAGCUGGAGUCGACCACCAAGCAGGAAUUAUGGGGCCGGCACCAAUGGAGAACCAAUUCAGACCUUGUCAAGCCUUCCGCCUCCGGUUGGAAGAUUGCAGAUCUCCUAUUUCUGCAGCUUGAACCCAGGGUCCAAGGAAACUGGCAAAGGCAAGGGUGGUCGCCAUGGUCGGAGAAGGCCGUCAGACCUGGAAGAGGUUCUGGACGACGCAGCCGAGGAGCCGGUCUGCCCUCACAUCAAGCUUAUGAUUGUGGAUGGUAGAUAUACGCUGCUCGGGUCCGGCAACAUGGACCGUGCUAGUUUCUACACUAGCCAAGAAUUAGGGGUUCUCUUCCAUGGCGACGCCUUCGCUUCUCCUGUCCAAGGGGUCAUGGAUCGAUGUCUGGAGGGGCGUCUGGAGAAAGUAUACGACUCGGAACGAUGA